GCCGGGCCGGAGCGGCCGGACAAGUCUGAGCGGGACCUCAAAACAGACGGCGCACUCUCUCCCCGUCGCAGUCAGUCUCUCCCCGCCCAGGGCACACGCUCGCUCGCCAGAGCCGCCACGCCGGAGCUCGCUCUUGGAUCAGGACACGCGAGCGCGCGCCGCUUGAACCUCCCCGCCCGAGACCAGUAGAGAAGUGCAGCAAGGAUGGCAGUGCAGCUUCAGCAGCAGGCCGCGACUUCGCCGUACACCUUCCCGGACAUCCGCAGCAGCCUCCCCGACAUCCCCGUAGCGGAGGCAACUGAUAAGCGGACCUAUGAGAUCGUGCGGUUGGGCGGCAAGGACAGGCCGAUGGUCACUGCGUUCCUCCGAAAGUUCUUCUACCAUGACGAGCCCCUGAACGUCGCGAUCGGCAUGCAGCCCGGCCAAAGCAGCCCCGCCCUCGAAGACUUCUCCCUCAGCACCCUGCACGAGGGCAUCUCGGUCGGGGCCAUCGCCUCCGACGGCACCCUGGUGGGCGUGUGCGUCAACGGCACCCUGAGCCGCGAGGAGGACGAGGAAGGCCGCCGAGAGUGGCUGAAGGAGGCCGACGACGUCCCGGAAGAUGUGACCACCCUAAAGAGACCCGAAGAACAGUUCAACCAGGUCAGGAGACUUCUGAUGAGGACUUCUGCUCAAGGGAACGUCUUCGCCCAGGUGCCCGCUGACGUGGACAAAAUAUUCGACAUCUUUAUCCUCUCCGUGGAUGGUUCUUGGAGGGGGAAGGGCAUCGCCAAGAAGCUCCUCGACCAAAGCAGGGAAAUCGCCCAGUCUGAACAGCACCGCCUGAUGCGGGUCAUCUGCACGUCCUACGUGUCCGCUCUGAUCGUCUCCCGGUUGGGGUACCGCUGCAUUGACCGGUUAGACUACAACGACGUCGUCGACAGGAAAGGGCAGCGCAUAUUCCCUACGCCGCCGCCGCACGACGCCGCCAAGACAUACGUCCUCGACCUCUGAGCUGUCUUGUCGUCAGCAUUCUUUGCCAAAAAUGUCUUGAACUUGUGAGCGGGUUCACCCUCCGGGUCUCUAUAGGUCUAUGACACUCACGCACGCUAAGUACAAACAUAAUGGCGCCAAACAGUCUCUGGCUGGCGCCAUACCCCGCGCCAGUCCAUGCCUUCUCCACGAGCGGACCAGACUGCGACGACCCUCUGCAGUUCGGCAUGGGGUAUAGCCGUUCCGAACUCGUGUCAAGAACCUUUCCUAUCUGUUUGCGCGCGUGGGCUUCGACAAGAAAGGGUCUCAAUCUCUUCAUUGCUGGAUCUUUGAUCCCCUUGGCCAGACCUGUGAAAACUAGGUAGGUCACGGAAAUACGAUUUGGAAAACAAGCCCACGCCCGGACAGCAGGCAGUGUUUGGAGUCUUGAAGCGGGACGGCCGGCCAGACGGGGCUCACCUGGGAGGCGUAAGUUAGCAAGGUCCUGGGGUCGAGGGAGAGGAAAGAGGACAGACAGAUCAGAUAGCUUCUCGCUACCUGUUAGCCCAUGAGACACGCUGUACACAUGUGUGUCAUCGUUAGUGUUAAUUUUUAAGUGUUGUUGACCGCAAGGUGUUCUUUGUACAUAAUGGUUGUGAUUUAAAUUAAAUGUAAUUGUUGAAA